AUGGCGUCGCCAGCAGGACCUCCCGUACGGAUAUCUUUUGUGAGCGGCACUCCGUCUCAAGCCAAGGACCCAGAUAGAACUCCCAGCUACGCGCAAGCCAAGACCCCAGAUCCGUCCUCUCUCGAGGGUGGUGCUCUACGUGAGGGUGGUACCCCGGUCCUUACCAGUACUGACAGUAUCGGUUUGCUCUUCCAGUACGCCGCUGUCGGUAUCAACUAUGGUCUGCUACCUGCCACGGUCUACCCGUUCCUACAGCAGUACCUGAACGCUACCGGAUCUCAAGUCACCACUGCCGCGACGCUCGUCAUUUUACCGUGGAGUUUCAAGGUCUUUUACGGUAUUCUAUCGGACUGUGUGCCGCUAUGGGGAUACCGUCGAAAGGUUUGGAUGCUCAUCGGUUGGGGCAUGUGCCUUGCUAUGCUGAUCGUCAUGGCUGCCUCUCCGGCCGGUGACCCGUACUACACGGUCCCGUCCGACCGCAAAAUCGAUCCCGCCGAUUACACGCCGGAAAUCGAGGCUCGCAUCAACUACGACGCUGGUAACCAGGCCGGCAAAUACGUCAUGCUCAUGUUCUUCGCCGCUAUCGGAUACGUUCUAGCUGAUGUCUGCGCCGACAGUAUCGUGGUGGAAUAUGCUCAGCGUGAACCUGUGGAGCAGCGUGGCAAGAUCCAGUCCGCUAUCUACACAGUCCGUACUGUGUUCGUCAUCAUUGGUCAACUUUUGGUUGGUUUCUGCUUCAACGGAGAGGAGUACGGCGGCCAGUUCGACUUCUCCUUGAACUUUCCCGAGCUAAUGUCUAUCGUCGCGUGUAUCACUGCACCUAUUAUUCCAAUCACGUGGUUUUUCAUUAAGGAGGAGAAGCAGACGCGAGUGCCGUUCAGGAAAUACAUGAGCGAGCUGUGGGAACUCAUUCAGAAGCGCGCCGUCUACCAGGUCAUCUUCUACCAGUUCUUCCAGAACGUCUUCUCCAGUAUUACAUACACUGCCAGCUCCCCAGUCCAGUCGUACAUGGUUGGUGUCACUCCGAUCAACAACACUAUCAGUGAGAUUAUCAGUAAUGUGCUCUUCAUGGGUGGUAUCAUGGCUACGUCCAAGUGGGGUCUACACUGGAACUGGCGCAAGAUGAUUCUCUUCACGGGUAUUUUCGUCAUUAUUGCGGAUGGUAUUACUACUUUCCUUACUAUUUGGAACGUGUUCCGUAGUCAGUGGUUCUGGCUUGGUAUCCCGAUGGCUGUGCAACUCCCGUACGGUGUCGGCUGGAUGAUUGGUUUCUUUGUCAUCGUCGAGCUGUCCGGUGUCGGUAAUGAAGGUGCUAUCUACGGUCUCAUCACGAUGGUUGGCAACUUGGCGUCUCCAUUCGCGCAAGCCUUGACGCUCGUGAUUAACCAGCCUCUAAACUUAACUACUGCGCGUAUCCAGGCCGACGAUACCUCGAUCCGAACAGAUCUCACCUACGCCGUGCUGAUCAUGUACGGCAUGACGAUCUUUUCGUGGUCGUUCCUGGUCUUCCUACCUCCUCAGAAGAAAGAAACGCAGGAACUGCUUCGUACGGGUGGAAGCAGCAAGGUUCUCGGUGGCCUUACAGUGUUCUACGUUAUGUUCGCAUUCAUAUGGUCGCUCAUGACCAACAUUAUGGCCAUGUACGAGUCUACCUCGUGCUUGAUUAUUGCCGGUGGCAAGGGAUGCUAG